AUGACUUCUCAGCUACGUGAAGUAGCCAACAUGUCAUUGGUCCUGCUUUCUGUACUCUGGCUCAUUGUUCAAAUUCAAGCAACAGCUAUAAAGCAAACACAGGAAUUAAAGCUGUAUGAAGUGGUCUAUCCUAAGAAACUACACAUUUUUCACACAAGAGAGACAAAGAACAACCAGACAGAGAAUCAUGGCAAAGAGGAAAAAUAUGAGCCUGAAGUUCAGUAUCAGAUUAUAUUAAAUGGAGAAGAAAUCAUUCUUCAUCUACAGAAAACUGAGUAUCUCCUAGGACCAGACUACACUGAAACGGUUUACUCAUCCAGAGGAGAGGAGGUCACCACGAGCCCUCAGAACAUGGAACACUGUUACUAUGAAGGCCACACCCUAAAUGAAAAGGAUUCUGUUGCCAGCAUUAGUACUUGUGAUGGGUUGAGGGGAUACUUCACACAUCAUGGUCAGAGGUACAUGAUAAAGCCUCUGAAGAGCACAGACCAGGAAGAACACGCUGUCCUCACAGACAGCCAGGAGGAACUUGACCCAGCUAACCACACCUGUGGUGUGAGAAACGUUGGCAGGCAACAAGGCCUGAUCCGAACCUCUAGGUCACUCAGUAACUCAGAACAAGAAGAUUUUCUUCGGGCUAAGAAAUACAUUGAACUCUUUUUGGUGCUGGAUAAUGCCUUUUAUAAGUUGCAUAAGAGGAAUCUAACUUUAAUAAGAAGCUUUUUGUUUGAUGUGAUCAACCUGCUCAAUGUGAUUUAUAACACCAUAGAUGUUCAUGUGGCUUUGGUAGGUAUGGAAGUCUGGUCUGAUGGUGACAAGAUAAAGGUGGUACCCAAUACAGGAGUCACCUUUAACAAUUUCAUGAUUUGGCAUCGUUCUAACCUGGCGAAAAAGAAGAUCCAUGACCAUGCUCAGCUCCUCAGUGGAAUUAGCUUCAACAAUCGACAUGUAGGAAUGGCAGCCGCGAAUUCCUUGUGUUCUCCAUCUUCCGUUGCUGUUAUUGAGGCUAAAAGAAUGAAUAAUGUGGCUCUUGUCGCAGUGAUGUCACAUGAGUUAGGCCAUGUCCUUGGUAUGCCUGAUGUUCCAUUUAACACCGAGUGUCCCUCUGGGAGUUGUGUGAUGAAUCAAUAUCUGAGUUCAAAGUUCCCAAAGGGUUUCAGCACAACCUCCCGCUCACAUUUUCGAAGAUACCUUUUAUCUCAAAAACCUAAGUGCCUCCUGCAAGCACCAAUUUCUAAAAAUAUAAUAACAACACCAGUGUGUGGGAACCAACUGCUGGAAUUAGGAGAAGACUGUGACUGUGGCUCCUCCAAGGACUGCACUGAUUCUUGCUGUGAGGCCACGACCUGCAAAUUGAAAACUGGACCUGACUGUGGGAAAGACACUCAGAAUCAUAUCGUGUAA